AUGAGCGCUUCGUCAUCUACCUUGAUACGGGGCUCUGGGGGUGCAUCCAAUAUUACGAAGAUCUGCCAGAAUGGGGAUGUUAUCCUUGCAGUCGGUCCUAAAGAGAAGAUUCAGGUUGCUUCGGACUUUUUAAAGCACAUUUCGCCUGUUUUCAAAGCAAUGCUUGACGGCCCUAUGAGUGAAGGAGAGGCUCUUCGAAACAAGCCACCUAACUCUCCAAUCACGAUUUCACUUCCUGAAGAUAACCCAGUGGCUAUGCGCAGACUUCUACGGAUUCUCUAUGGUGCAGGCGGCUUGGAUCUCACUUUCAAGGAGCUCUACGAUGUUAUAAUCUUGACCGACAAGUAUGACAUGACUGACCGACUCAAACAUUUCGGGCUCGGUUGGGUACGUAUGGACGUUGAUGAUAACCAUCCUUUUGAUGCGGACUUCCGAUAA